CAUCCGCAGUCUGACAUCAUCGCCGGCAAGGCAAAAAAACUGGAUGACCUGAGGAGUGAGGGCGGGUCGGGCGGACCGAUAGAUAUGCACGAAACAGGGCAAAGGCAAGCCCGGACAACUGUUGACAUGCCACACUGAUUUGCCAGUGUUGUGAUCGAGCGGCCAGGUCAACGCUGGGUUAACAUUAUCGGUUAUGGGGAAUUUCUAACAACGGGCUGUUAUUAUUGUAAUAAUUUUUAUUAACGGUGCAUUAAGACAACUGACAUAACAAUACGUUACGGCUGCGUAUCUGCCAUCAAACAGUAGCUGACCAGCGCUUCCGGUUGUCCGCUUACCGGAUGAUCCCUCUAGUUUAGUUCCUCUUCCCGAUUUAUACCUACCUUUUUUCUGUCCGACAUCACCUGCCGCAUGCGCUCAUUUCGCCGCAUUAUACGUACGUGUCCGAUCGAUCUUAUCAGUGGCGGGACGAAUUAAGUGGCCACGUAAAUCCCUAGCACGUCGUGAUGCCAUCCAUGACCAGUGGUCAGUGGGCGUGGGGCUGCGCGCUCUUUGUUGCCGGCUGCCUCUGCGUACUGCUCCUGCCGGCGCCGGCCACAUGCAAUAAACACUGCGACUCGGAAGUGUACCGGUGCAAGCGCGGCGAUGAGGUGUUCAAGUACCAGAAGAAGUCCCUGUGCAAGAAGACGCUGCAGAGCUCGGGUGUGGUGACCAUCGACUGCCACGGCGUCCGGCACGACUGCAUCUGUCUGGACGUGGACUCGGUGUGCGCGCAGAUCGGGCAGUACGCCUCCAAGGGCUCCUCCAGCUCCGGCUCCAUGACCAACUCCAGCUCCGGCUCCUCCUCCUCCUCUUCAUCCAGCUCCAGCAGCGACGACGGCACCGUCUGCCCCGACGCGUACCCCGGCGACGGGAACAGCUGCCGCAGCCACGAGCAGUGCAAGCCGACGCCGGGCGGCCUGGCGCUGUGCUGCGAGUACACCUGCUACCACGUCCACAACCUGCCCUGCGUCCGCGACUUCUUCCACCGCGACGACCAGCUCUGCACGGACGCCAUGUGGGACAAGCAGUGGCACGACCUCGGCGGCUAUCCCAAGGAAGUAUAACUACAUAUCUACUGAUAUUUUCUUUUAAUUAACUCUCUUUCCUUUAGACUCGCUGAUAUGUACUAAGUACUGCAGUUAUUUCUACUGCUACAGAUAUAAACUGUACUCGGGCGCAACGGCGCAUGCAUAUGUUCCAUAUUGCCUGUUAUUUAUAAGGAAGUAUAUUUUCGUGACCUUUAUGUAUUUCUACCCUACAUUGUUUAAGCACGGCAUCAGCACGUUGCAGCCGCUAUUCGUAAUGUUGUUCAUUAGUACCGUUUACGUAAUGGUGUGCUGCCAAUAAACACAUUAAAUAUGGCUUUUACUACAUUCGCA